AUGUCUUUUGCUCUUCGCACAUCUUUGAGGAUGGCUUCACGGCCCCAGCAACGCCUUGCUAGCAUACAACGCCAGUUCAGCUCAUCCGCUCAGCAGAAGAAGGAAGUCAGAGAUGCAUACAUCCUGAGCGCGAGUCGGACGCCUACUGGAGUGUUCAACGGCGCAUUCACCACCGUCUCCGCAACCCAGCUCGGUGCCACCGCGAUAAAGUCGGCCCUCGAAAAGUCCAAAGUACCCAUUUCUUCUAUCGAUGCCGUAUACAUGGGCAACGUGCUCAGUGCAGGCGUUGGACAAGCUCCCGCACGACAAGCCGCCAUCUUCGCUGGCCUGCCCACUAAUAUCGAAGCUACUACGGUGAAUAAGGUCUGCGCAUCGGGCCUCAAGGCUGUUAACCUCGCUGCUCAGAGCAUCGAGCUCGGCCAGGCGGAAGCACAGAUCGCAGGAGGAUUCGAGAAUAUGACGAGAGUACCAUACUAUCUCAACCGGGCGAGCCAACAGCCGCCCUUUGGCCACCAGCAGCUGCAGGAUGGACUGAUUGGUGAUGGACUUUGGGAUGUAUACAACCAGAUUCAUAUGGGCAACUGCGCGGAGAACACGGUGAAGAAGUACGACCUCUCUCGGGACGAGCAGGACGAGUUCGCCAUCCUCACCUACAAGCGCGCGCAAGCAGCGUGGAAAGAGGGCCUGUUUAAGGACGAGGUUGCGCCGGUAACAGUCAAGUCGAGGAAGGGCGAGGUUAUCGUAUCGGAAGAUGAAGGCUACAAUAAGCUCAAGUUGGAGAAGGUACCUACCCUGAAGCCAGCAUUCGUGCGAGACGGCAGCGGCAGCGUUACCGCUGCGAACAGCUCUGCAUUCAGCGACGGUGGAUCUGCACUGGUGCUCGGUAGCAAGGAGAUCGCCCAGCAGUACGGCAAGGACAGUCGCGUUCUCGCAAAGAUCGUCACGUACGCCGAUGCAGCCAUGGACCCGAUCGACUUCCCUGUCGCGCCCGCCGCCGUAGUCGAGAAGCUCCUCCAGCAAUCUGGGCUUUCCAAGUCCGACAUCGCUAUUUGGGAAUUCAAUGAAGCGUUUGCCGCAGUCAUCAAGGCCAAUGCUAAGAUCCUCGGAUUGGGAGUUGACAAUGUGAACCCGAGAGGUGGAGCUAUCGCGCUUGGUCACGCUCUCGGUAGCUCUGGUAGCAGGAUAUUGGUCACGCUGCUGCACCAGCUCGAGGUCGGGCAGUAUGGGGCCGCUGCUAUCUGCAAUGGUGGAGGUGCGGCCACAGGUAUAAUUGUACAGAGAGUCUCGCCAGACCAGCUAUAA